CAAAAAUAGUAGCGGCUUAAUAUGUACAGUUGUAAAAUGAAGGAAUGAUGAUCUGAUCUGUCGCGUCAUAUUUCCUUGCUUUUUCAGGAGAGUUUGUUUGCUAAACACAUAUUCUUGGUUCAUUCAUUCAUUCUUGAUCAACUUUUGUUUUAUUUUAAUCCCUAAAUCAAUUCAUGUACAAAAAAUUAAAAGAAGGAUCUUAUCUGAUUCUUGUUUAAUUCAAUUAUUUCCAAAAUUAGGGUUUGAUGAUGGAACAUUGAUUGGUCCUGCAAAUCCUAAGAAGAAGAAGAAGAAGAAGAAGAAGAAGAAGAAGAGAGAGAGAGAGAGAGAGAGAGGGAGAGAGAGAGAGAGAAAGAGAGAGAGAGAGAGAGAGAGAGAGAGAGAGGUAAUAUGGCGUAUAGGAGAAGAGUAGGGAUGACGAGAUCAUCCUUUAAAGAGGAACACACCAAUUCUCCUUUUGAAGAAGAUGUAGAAGAGGAAGAUGAUCAAACUUCAAAUCGUAAUAUUAAUCCGAAAAAGAAAGAUGAUGAUCAUUCUUAUUCGUUGGGUGCUCGAGCAACCAGAGCAUCGGCUGCUCAUCGAGAUUCUUCUGGAUACGCAAACGCUUAUGCUGCUGAUCCUUCUUUUCUAUCUCAUCCUCACCAUCGUGACUUGCAAUCAUCCCAUUCCUUUUCCAAGGGAUCAAUUCUUUCUGAGGUCUCUCCAUUGAAGAACUCCAAUGACACAAAAUACGGCUUUUGGGGUAUUCUUGCCACCAAAGCCAAAUCAAUCCUUGAAGAGGAAAAUCAGAUUGAGUCUUCUCCUACAAAGAUCAAGUUUCAACUCAAUAACUAUGAAUCUACCUCGACUCAUCAGGUGUACCAAUCCCGCCAAUCUUCAGAAACUGGUGCUAAGCCGAUUGAUAAUGCUAGACUCCGAAAGCGCCUUGAUGCCAUCACUUCUUCUCUUAAUCACCUUGGCGAUACACUUGGAACUGCUUUUGAGGAAGGUCGUACAAUCAUGGAGCACAAAACUGCUGAUAUCAUCCAAGAAACUCGCAAUAGGACAGCAGAUUUCAUCCAAGAGACACGCAAACUCCAACUUCGGAGAAGAGGAGGCACUUCAAAUUCUUCUGAUCAGGCAACUGUUGUGCACAACACUUCGUGGCAGCGUCCUGUGGUUCAACCUGUGCAGUCAAAUUCACUCACCAAUCAAGAAACUCAACUCAAGGCAUCUCGCGACGUUGCAACGGCAACUGCUGCCAAAGCGAAAGUUCUUCUACGAGAGCUCAAAACUGUGAAAGCUGAUCUAGCAUUUGCAAAGGAACGUUGUGCACAAUUGGAAGAAGAAAAUAAGCGACUUCGAGAGAGUCGGGAUAAAGGAGACAGCCCUGCUGAUGAUCUGAUACGACUGCAGCUGGAAACUCUUUUGGCUGAGAAGGGCCGUUUGGCUCACGAAAACUCCAUAUAUGCACGUGAAAAUCGGUUUCUCCGAGAAAUUGUUGAAUAUCACCAACUAACUAUGCAGGACGUUGUCUAUUUGGAUGAGGGGACUGAAGAAGUCACUCAAGUCUACCCCUUCUCUGUUGAUGAUGCUAAGUUGAUUCCUAGUACCCCAACAUCACCAAUAUUUCUUGAUUUUUUUCCAGAAGUUUCAACCCUUAGCUUGCCUCCUAACAUGAAGGAGCAUUCAGCGGAAACUCCAAAAGAAGUGUUGACAAGAACAUCAUCGUUAUUGUCUGCAUCCUCACCUUCUAUAAAAAAAUCUAACAAGGCAGAGUCCUCUGAAAUUUCAAGCUCUACACUGUUAGUGGAUGGUGAAGAGACAAAUGCUUUGUGCCAUAGAGAAGCACCAACUUGUACAAAUGAACCUUAAAAAAGCCUCUCGGUUUCAUAUGUUUAGCGUAAACCACCUUCUUGUGAAUGGUUUCAAGUUGCCAAAGCUACUACACUUGUUUUCCUUUCCUCUGAUUUUUUCCUUAUCAUUCUUUUUUGAUCAAUUCUUUUGGGAGGGAUAGCUCAACAAAAUCCCACCUAAGUUUAAUAAUGUAUCCAAUGUUGUCUUGUAGCUUUAUAGUACAAUGUUUCUGAUAUGGUAGAAACUUGUUUAUUUUUUGUAAGAGAGCUUAUUAGUUAUUAGCAGCUUGAUCAUGUUAUCUUCCACUGAGCAGUUGUCUUCAAGGUGAUUUUACUGUCUUUUUACUGUGUUCAUUGCUUGAUUAUUCUGUUGCGACUAAAAAAGCUACUACUAAUCAAAGAUCAAUUGGUGCAAAUUAUUGUAAUUUUCUUUUGAAGGAAAAAUGAAGAUUUAGUUUGUGCAAUCUCAUAAUAAUUUGAUCAUUUGUGAUUUGAUGUCACACACCUUUUAAUACACAUUCCUCAGGCUCCUUUGAAGGAGUACAGGUAUGGAUUGUUCGUUACCUUACUUCACCCGUGGUUCCGGACUACAUGGUUCCGGACUAUGUUUUCAAAAGGGAUAUUGGAUUGAUAAUGAUAUGACACCUUUAAAUAUACAUUCUAGCUCAAUUGUAAUUUAAUUUGGACCAUCAUUAUUUGAAACUUGUUUAAAAAUUUUGGAUCAUCCAAAUAUUAAAAUUAUAGUAGUAGUUCU